UGGUCGCGACCGAAACUGAAGCAAGGCAUCAGCAGCACCAUCCCUGUGGGGAUCUCCAAGCUCCACUGACUGGCGACGCAGCUACUGUCACGCUUCGUGCAAUGCAAGCGCAGUACAACUUGCUCUAGAAAUGCAGGGAUCUUCCGGUCGGCCGCUUGGGUUGUAGCCUGGAGAGCAUGCUCACUUCCGAUUUGGCUGCGUUUGCAACAAGCUUCCACUUCAACAUCCUUAAUAUUACCCACUUCAACUCGAAGCCAUGGGAGCAGAACUCAAGAUUGCAUAUGAGGGCGGCGAAGCUGAGCGGGCCGCGCGCCACUUCGUCGACAACUCGGCCUCCGCUGUCGCUUAUAAGCGCGUCGAGAAUGCCUGCGCUGCAGUCAAGAAUGAGGAGGUAGAUUUCGCCGUUCUGCCCAUCGAGUCUUCCACACUCGGUAGCAUCCACGCCAACUACGACCUGCUGCUCAAGUACGGUCUGCACGUCGUGGGCGAGUAUGACCAGCAAGAGUCUUCCACACCGGAGCAAGAGGCGGAUUCUACUUCUUACACGCGGUUCCUGCUGCUGUCCAAGAAGGAGGACUUGGCACUGGACGAUAUGACCACCGGAGUAGAAUUUAAGACUUCGCUCGUGUUCGGCUUCAAGGACAGCACGGCCAAGGGUAUGCUUACCCGCGCACUCACGGUCUUCUCGCAGCGUGACCUCGACCUCACCAAGAUCGAGAGUCGUCCAUGGGACGGCGAGGCACCACAGCAGAACGGUGAGGAGUUUGUGGACACUCGCAGAUACAAGUACCUCUUCUACGUUGACGUGCAGGGCCAUCUCACUGACGCUAACCUGGCGGCGGCCAUGCGUAGACUCAGCGAGAUCUGUGCGUUCGUACGCAUCCUGGGCUCUUACGCGACGUCACAGAGCGCAGAGACCGUGACGGCCGAGCUGUCGAGCAAGACUGGUCGUGACGAGACCGGUACCAACAUCACCAUGGCGGAUAAGUACCCGCCCAUUCCACUACGCACGACGCUCGAGGAAAAUUAUCUGAUCAACCCGGAGGAGCUGGAGAAGACGCUAACGACGCAUCCGGACGCCAAGGCCAUCAUCCUGUGCAACCCGAGUAACCCAUCGGGAACCCUACACAGCCCUGAGCACCUCGAGCUGAUCGCCACUGUACUGCGCAAGCCACAGUUCCGCCACAUCGUGGUUGUCUCGGACGAGAUUUACGAACAACUGCUUUACCAGGACGAGGGCGCGCCAGAGCGCAAGCACGUGAGCUUCGCCACGCUACCGGGUAUGUACGAACGCACGCUGCUGGUGAAUGGAUUCUCCAAAGCACAUGCCAUGACUGGUCUGCGCGUGGGCUUCCUCGCCGCACCCAAGUACUACAUCGACCCGUGCACGCUGCUACAGGCUCAGUUGACGUCGUGUCCGAAUACAGUAGGCCAAGUGGCUGCCGUGGAGGCGCUCAAGUACGAGUUGGAGUGCAUGGACAAGGGGGAGCGCCGCAUCACGGAGGUGAUGAAGAACCUUGACACCAAACGCCGCUACAUCGUCAAGCGACUGACGGCCAUGCCCAACGUGCGAUUUGCGUAUCCAACGUCGGCGUUCUACGUGUUCCUGGAUCUGUCGUCGUACUUUAAGGACAAGAAGGCUUUCACUGCUGACAAGAGCGUGGCGCUCAUGAGCGUCGACGACUUCUGCGCUCACUUGUUGCAGGAUUCGCAUAUCGCCGUGGUGCCUGGAUCGGAGUUCGGUGACGAGUUCGGCAUGCGCAUUUCAUACGCAAGCUCAAUGGAGGCGAUCGCUCACGCAAUGGACGGCAUGGAGAACUUGCUGAAAUCUCUGGUCUUCGAGUAGUUUUGUACGUAGUUGAGAAAGGUGUACUGAAGUAAUUGUUUCAAUGCAACAGCAAUAUAAUGUGGUAGUUGCGCUUCGUUGUGAUG